AUGGCGGCUGGCAGCACCCCUCUGCGCCAGGUGCUUCACCUCCAUCGUGAUGUUUCAUGCCGCCAAGCCUCACUAACAGGUGCCAUCAUUGCCCGGCUUUGGGGAUGGGAAACGGACGCUCAGAGCUCAGCUCCUGAUUGGAAAUUGGGACGUAGGUUCCCAACCAGGCGAAGCCGAACUUGGAAGAGUUUCGGCUCAGAGGGUGGGAAGCAGGCCGGCGUCCACUCCACAGAUCCCGGAGCCCCGUGGGGACUGGCGCUAGACCUAGAAAGGGGGGCGCCCUGCAGCGGCAAGGGUGGGUUCCUGGACCCCCAGGGCUUCGAGUCUGAGCGGGAAGUUAUGGAGGUGGGAGGGCCCAUGCUUUGGGGCCAUGAAGGCCGACCUGGCUCCCCGGCCCAGGACAAGAGAGACGCUCUGCACUACGCGUCCCACCUCUCUGACGAGUCUGUAGCGGCGGCCGUCACGCAGCAGCUGAGUGACCGGGGUACCCCAGGUGGGUGCAGAAAGCCAUCCCCAGAGAGCUGCACCUCUGAGGGCUCGGUCAAGUGGCCAGGCCCAGAGUCAGGGCCCGGUGGUGGGGGCGCGCUUGCCCUUGGCUGUGUGGAAUCGCAGGCAGCUUCUGCCACCCUGCUCCAGCUGGGUGAGUUCCACGAGCACUGGGCCUGGGGGAGGUUGUCUAAGAGAGGCAGUAAGAGUAGGCGGAAGGUCGAUGUGGGUCGCCAGCGGCCCUUGGCAGAGGGCCAGACUGGGCCGCCUUUGGACCCCAACUCAUCAGAUGAGUUGGGUGAGAUCCAGCUGAUGAGAAUGAGCCUUUACCCCAAAGAAGGAGGCCAGACCAAGCCCAGCAGCCCCUAGGAUUCCGGGGAUACACCCAGAAGCAUGAAUUUACACCUCAGGGAGAAUUUCCCUCAUGUGCCAGGCUCCGUCCUGUCCUCAGCUCCCCGAGGGUUCACUUCAGCUGUGGAAAGGCAGGCUCUUGGCCAGCUGGACAUCUCUUCUGCUAAGAAAAUGCAGAGUGUGUUCUGGUAGAAGGCGGGGAGCAGGCCCAGCUACCCUGGAGCAGGAGUGGGAACUGCUGUCGGCACGGCCAGCACAGGCGGCCUGCACCAAGCCACUCCUAAGAAGAAGGUGGCCCAGGGGAAGAAGUCCCUAGAGGAUGUCUCCAAAGGUACCCUGGGGAAAACCUUUCCUUCCUGGGGCCAGAGAGUCCCAGCAACUCCCCUGGAGACAGCCACCUUCCCCCCAAUCUCUGGGGUUCCACUGCCUGGGAAGUCCAAGAGGUAUUCGUUGGUCCAUUUGUUUGCCAAACACUCCAAGCACAGGGGUGCUGGGAAGAAUUCUGUGGCCAGGAGGACACGAGAGUUUGAGCUGCUGGUGGGAGGAGAUAACGAUCCAGAUGGAGACCCAGUCCCAAAGGGCCAAGCCCUCCAUCCCGAAGCCCAGUGGCCAGACUGGCAUGGGCUCCUCUGUGGAAAGGAGGUGCCCUCCCUCCGUGACCAGGAACCACUUGACGUCUCCCCAAGACCAGAAAGGAAGCAGCAACCUGCUGGAGCACAGGGAUGUUGUCAGUGUGUGGUGCUACAGAGAGAAAUAGAUGAGCUUAAAAAGCAACUCGCGGCCAUGCAGUCCCUGGUUGACAAGUUCCAGGCCCUUUGAAGUUGAGCCCAGUGUCUUUGUACAAGAGGAGCAGCUGGUCGCUAUGGAGCAAGGGAGCUGUGGCCAAGCUGGGUCCCUCCUGUUGUUCUGCCUCAGCCGGGGCUUCCUCUCCUGCUUCUUUUGCCCCCUCCCCACCCCAGUUCACAGCAGUUUCAAA